AGUAGAACCGAGGAGGAGCGGAUCAGCAGCAGGAUCCGUGUUCCAGUGUUUGGUCUCCGGCUGUCCGCGGAGCUCACAGCGGCUGUUUGCGCUCUUUGAACACCAGCUUCUUCACGGAGCUUCUCUCGGUGUGCGUCCUGGUCUCCUCUGAAGUCUGAAGAUCACUGGGCUCAAAGCCUUUAAAGCUGCCUCCUUGUAGAGAAGCAGCUGAACCUCUCAGACCUGUUACUGUGGAGGAGGGCGAGUCCGAGCUAAAGAUGAUAAGAUAAUCCUUUACGAUCCACAAAGGUCCAACACCACCAGAGGAUCCAGAAAAUAGAUCAUUGAACGAAGAGGCAACGACAGGCAGAGACUUCAGAACGCUGAUGUUGCUGCUAGAGCUCAAGCAGAGAGAGAUGCUACAAUGAAACAACUCAGGAGCCUCCAACACUGCCACAAUAAGGACAGAUUCUUCACCUGUGAUCAGUGUGGAAAGUCUUUUACUCGCAGUCAAAACUUGAAAAGACAUCAGGUCAUCCACACUGGAGUUAAGGCUUUCACCUGUGAUCAGUGUGGAAAGUCUUUUACUCGGAGUCCAAACUUGAAAAGACAUCAGCUCAUCCAUGCUGGAGAUAAGUCUUUCAGCUGUGAAACGUGUGGAACGGCUUUCACUCGGGCUACUGACUUAAAAGCACAUCAGCAUGUCCACUCUGGACCUAAACCAGUGAACUGUGACCAGUGUGGAAAGUCUUUUACUCACAUUAAAUGCUUAAAAAGACAUCAGCUCAUCCACACUGGAGUUAAGGCUUUCAGCUGUGACGAGUGUGGAAAGGCUUUUACUCACAUUGGUACCCUAAAAACCCAUCAGCUCAUCCACACUGGGGUUAAGGCUUUCAGCUGUGAUCAGUGUGGAAAGGCUUUUACUCACAUUGGUACCCUAAAAAACCAUCAGCUCAUCCACACUGGGGUUAAGGCUUUCAUCUGUGACCAGUGUGGGAAGGCUUUUACCCAGCGUGGUAGCUUGAAAUUACAUAAGGUCGUCCACACAGGGGUUAAGGCUUUCAUCUGUGACCAGUGUGGAAAGGCUUUUACUCAGAAUGGUAACUUAAAAUUACAUCAGAUCAUUCACACUGGAGUUAAACCAUUCAGCUGUGGUCAGUGUGAAAAGUCUUUUUCUCAGAUGGUACACUUAAAAACACAUCAGCUCAUCCACACUGGUGUUAAGGCGUUCGUCUGUGGUCAGUGUGGAAAGUCUUUUACUCGUACUAGCGGUUUGAAAGCGCAUCAGGUCAUGCACACUGGAGUUAAACCAUUCAGCUGUGGUCACUGUGGGAAGUCUUUUGCUGAUGUUAGAAGUGCAAGAAUACAUCAGCUCACCCACUCUGGAGUUAAAAUAUUCACGUGCGGUCACUGUGGGAAGUCUUUUGCUGAUGUUAGAAGUGCAAAAACACAUCAGCUCACCCACUCUGGAGUUAAAGCUUUCAGCUGUGACCAGUGUGGAAAGACUUUUGCUCAGAGUCAAUACUUAAAAGUACAUCAGUUCAUCCACAGUGGGGUUAAAUUGUUCAAAUGUGAUCAGUGUGGGAAGUCUUUUUCUCAAAGUCAGAACUUAAGAAGACAUCAGCUCACCCACACUGGGGUUAGAGCUUUCAGUUGUGACCAGUGUGGAAAGUCUUUUGCUCAGAGUAAUCACUUAAAAAAACAUCAACUCAUCCAUACUAGAAGUAAACCUUUCAGCUCUGAUCAGUCUUGAAAGUCUUUUACCCUCUUUAAUAACCAACGAGAACAUCAGCUCAUCCACUCUGGAAUGAAACCAUUUAGCUGUGGUCACUGUGGGAAGUCUCUUAAACAAAUGAGUAGCUUGAAACAACAACAACACAGUAAAGUGAAACCUGAAAGUUUUGAGUGAUCCAUCUUUGGUUGGGCUUUCAGUCCAUUCCUGAGUAGAAAAGGUGGCUCUCAGUGCAAUGAGAGCCAUUCAGUUCAGUUCUGUUUGGUGUAACACUGUCUUGGAUGAUUUCACUGUGCUUAAAGAACCAUGAUGUGUUUUGACGAACUCCACACAACUUCAGUUUCAUACAACAUGUGUGAACAUGGGACCGAUUUCCCCCUCUGCAUUUAUUAAAUUGCCAUGUAACUAUUUGUGUGAGCAGUGUGGGUCAUCAUUGAGAAAAGUGUGUCAUCACUGAUCAUGCUAUGAACUGGAGAAGAACGGUACAACUGUGAACAGUGCAGAGGAACAAAAAGCUUCAGGACUUGGAAGUCCUCCAGUGCAAAAAUAUGGACUUGAUUAUGGUUUUGUCCAAACAAUAACAUGGUCACAGAACAAAAAUCUGAUUAUAGAAAGAAGCACAGGGCAUCUGAAGACACUCUUCGGGAUGCCAUAUCAAACUGAAAAACAUUGAGAUGCUUUUCAUGUAGUCCCAGUUACUGAUCGUAGGUGAGAGUAGGACCAUGUGCCGCAUUUCCACUAGUACCUGCUCAGCACGACUUGACUCACCACGGUCCUGUUUUGUUUCCAUUACACACACAUACCACCUCAAUGUGGGUGGAGUCGAAGUAACAGUGCAGACAGAAGUCACUUGACAUAAAUUGUAUUCGACUCAAAUGUGUCCAUUAGCUUGGAGACCUCUUGAUACACUUUCUUAUUUAACUUCUGCACCUCGUCGUUGAACCACAGUGUUGUGUGGCUCCAUUUUCCUCGCUUUUGGAUUUUAAAAUUGUUGCAUUUGAUUCUGGUGAAGGAGUUUCUCUUGUAACUUAGAUAGUGAUGGCACUCCCUGGCCAAUCAGUGGUAUGCUGUUCUUUUAGGUCCCAUUUUUGGAUCACUUGGAACCCCGGCUAAAUGGGUACCAAAAAAAAAAAAAAUACCAGGUACCAGGAUCUAAUGGAAAACCCAAAUUGUGCUGAUUUGAGAUGAGUCAAGUCAUGCUGAGUAGAUAGUUAGAAACGCGGCAAUAGAUCAACCAGUAAAUUGACUACUUAAUUCCCUUUACCACAACAAACUGGCACAGCGUCCACAUCAAAGCAGGCGCUGGAUCGAUCUCCAUGACUGUCUUCUGUUUCACUAUUCCCGUUGCAAGCAAUGGUUACAAGGGAUAUGUUUAAAUAAAAUAACACCCCCGAUAAUACUGUCAGAAUGCUCAAAGCACAGGCCGAGGAGGAGUAGCAGCAGCAGCAAUCUUCCAUUCCAUCUUAUUAAUUAACCAAAGGCCCAGACAAAGUUUUAAUUCAUUUGAAAGCCCAACUCUUAUCCACCUUAUCUGUCCAAUUUAAUUGGAAAAUUUAAAAAAUCAGUUUUAUUUGUUAUCUAUCAUCCACCUGGCCCUUACUCAUCUGAUUUCGCAGAAUUUUUAUCCUCUUGUGCAAAAUAAAGCUGGAGGAUAUUGUUGUCAUGCUGUCUGAGGUUUUACCUUUCUGGUCUAUACACACAAGGAGUAGACAACAUGGAGGAUUUCAUGCUGCUAAUGCUGUAAUAAUAAAUGGUCAUAUGUAGUUGUUCUCUUGCAUGAUUGGCUUAGCCUAAUCAUAUAUUGUACUGAUUGGCUUUAUCUACUUCACCAUUAUUAACUGACAUGGAUAAAGUGGGGAUUUCACAUAUCUAGCAACUGACCUCGGUCACUGAACAGCUGGCAGUAACUAGAUCAUGAAAAACUGGAAAAACCUAAAACUUCGAGGUAAAGAGCCAGUCUAGUAACAUCAGUUCUAGGCUGCAGACUUGUUGAUUAGCCUCUGUUGAUGACUCUGAUUGGCUGAGCAUUGACCAUGUUCAGGGAUGACUCAUGGCCAUAAACAGACUAUGACUCAUCAUUGAACAAUAUUAAAGCCAUACCUACUGUUCAGAAAUAUUGCUCACAUUAAACAUGGUUGUCUUAUAACUACAGUGACUUUGCAUAAUGCCUUGAUAUCAUCAGAUUAUGUAGUGUAGGUGCAUUAUGUUCCUGCACACCUGUGACUGUAAUAUGAUGUGAAUACCUUGUAAAACUGCUUAUAUGGCUUAUUAUUAUAGAUAAUAUGAAUAGAAAGACAUUAUGUAGUGUACACUCUUGUACAAGAGUGCAUUAUGAACUUUAAUUUUUUUAUAGUACAUUUUUUUUUCUGUUUUAGAAUGCGGUUACCAAAAAGUAUUUUUACAAAUGUUAAAUAUAAUCACAGAGUAUCAGUCACUUACU